CGUCGUCGUCAGAAUCGUCGCAAUGAUGAUCUUGAAAGCACUCAAGUUGUAAACAGCGAUGUCAGGCCAUGUCUGUGGACACGGAAGAGUACUCGAAAAUGUUUCGUUGAUAUUUCUGACGCUCGGUUGAUAAGCUGACGUAACCCGUAAACAUAACAUGGCUACGGGCGGCGGUGAAGCGGCACCCAGAGCCGAAGGACAAGCCUUCAAUUUCAGCCAGUCUGGCGCUGGAAGGAACGCAGCAGUCUCCAAUUUUGCGGUCGCAGGAAUCCCUGCGCCGACUCCUCCGCCGUCAGUGGGCCUACACAGAGAGCCUGUCUACAACUGGCAAGCUACAAAGAGCUCAGUCAAAGAACGAUUUGCAUUCCUUUUCAAUAACGAGCUGCUUAGUGAUGUAAGGUUUGUUGUGGGCAAGGGUAGACAGGCUCAGAGAAUCCCAUCUCAUAAAUUCGUGUUGGCUGCUGGAAGUGCCGUAUUUGACGCCAUGUUCAAUGGUGGUAUGGCUACAACAUCUUCUGAAAUUGAGCUACCUGAUGUCGAGCCAGCAGCAUUUCUCGCUUUAUUAAGGUUUCUGUACUCCGACGAGGUCCACAUUGGACCAGAGACUGUCAUGACCACACUCUAUACAGCCAAAAAGUAUGCUGUUCCUGCUUUAGAGGCACAUUGUGUCGAGUUUCUUACCAAGCACCUCAGGGCUGACAAUGCUUUUAUGCUUCUCACUCAGGCCAGACUAUUUGAUGAACCUCAACUUGCCAGUCUUUGCUUGGAUACCAUAGAUAAAAGCACUGCUGAUGCCGUAAAUGCAGAGGGGUUCACUGACAUCGAUUUAGACACGUUGUGCGCGGUGCUGGAGAGAGAUACACUGGGCAUCCGGGAGAACCGGCUGUUCGGCGCUGUGGUCCGCUGGGCCGACGCCGAGUGCCACAGGCAGCAGCUGCCACUCACCUCGGAGAACAAACAGAAGGUUCUGGGCAAAGCUCUCUCCCUCAUCCGCUUCCCUCUCAUGACUGUGGAGGAGUUUGCGGCAGGGCCUGCCCAGUCUGGGAUAAUGUGCGAUCGGGAGGUGGUAAAUGUCUUUUUACACUUUACAGUAAACCCCAAACCCCGCGUCGACUACAUCGACAGGCCAAGGUGCUGUCUCAGGGGCAAGGAAUGCAGCAUUAAUAGGUUCCAGCAGGUUGAGAGUCGCUGGGGAUACAGUGGAACCAGUGACCGAAUCAGGUUUAAUGUAAAUAGACGAAUAUCAGUAGUGGGGUUUGGUUUGUACGGAUCAAUACAUGGGCCAACGGAUUACCAAGUCAACAUGCAGAUCAUGGAGAGUGACCGGAAUAACAUGCUCGGGCAGAAUGACACAGGAUUUAGCUGUGAUGGAACAGCUACCACAUUUAGAGUCAUGUUCAAAGAGCCCAUUGAAAUUUUACCUAAUGUUAGCUACACUGCAUGUGCAACUCUAAAGGGGCCUGAUUCCCAUUAUGGAACAAAAGGACUUAAAAAAGUGACUCAUGAGUCAGGUACAGGGACCAAGACGACAUUUUUCUUCUGCAGUUCCCCCGGCAAUAACAAUGGCACCUCCAUAGAGGAUGGACAGAUCCCUGAAAUCAUCUUCUACACCUAAACCACAAGCACUAAGCAGCGGCCAAGAGUCACGCCUGCGUGUUGAUUGAGCGGUCAUGUGCUGACGCAGACUCUUGCCCCGAGGGGGGGGGGGGGGGGGGGGGGGGGGCGAUCCUGGCUGUUAGGGCCGCUCUCCACUGCGCUUGCCUCUUAGGGCUACCGGCAUCAUUGCACGUGGAAACAUCUCACGCCGCUGGCGCGUGCCGUGCCGUGCGCACGUCCCCGAGGUCACAUCUCACCUUUAACGACUUGCGCGUCAGCACCGCCCAGGAGGGACGCCAAAGCCCCUCUCCAUCUAACGCCAGCUGCAGUGCUCAUUUGCAUUCUAGUUUCCUAAAGCAACGCGCAUUGAAAAUAUAUCUCUACAUUGUGUUACUGGAUAUCUGCACAGAGAUGAAUGUUUGCCAAGUUGACGUGCUGAGAUUGUUAUUUUGUAUGGAUUGCGGGACAUGUCAUCACUAGCGUUAAGGGACACACAGAAACCCUUGCUUGUUAUUUACCUUACAGAGAAGAGGGUAUAUUUUUAGACAUGCCAUUAAAAUAAUUUCAUUUGCAGUCA